GCGCUGGGCUCCCGGAUGAACUGCCUGAAAGAGCCGCUGAGCCUGGAGCGCUUGGGCGCCGCGGGGAAUAAGCUGUGCUCCUCCACCUCCCCCUCGGCCUCCUCCUCCUCCGCCUCCUCCUGCCACUACCACCACCACCAGCCGCCACCACCGCCGGCCCUGGUCAUGGCCUCGGCCUUGGAGGCUGCCGCCGUCAAGCACCGGCUGGAGGUGCACACCAUCUCCGACACCUCCAGCCCCGAGGCCGCAGAGAAAGACAAAAGCCAGCCGAGCAAGAACGACGACGCGGGGUCCGAGGAUCCGUCCAAGAAGAAGCGGCAGCGGCGGCAGCGGACUCAUUUCACCAGCCAGCAGCUGCAGGAGCUGGAGGCCACUUUCCAAAGGAACCGCUACCCGGACAUGUCUACCCGCGAGGAGAUCGCCGUCUGGACCAACCUCACCGAGGCCAGAGUCCGGGUUUGGUUCAAGAACCGGCGGGCCAAGUGGCGAAAGCGGGAGCGGAACCAGCAGGCGGAGCUGUGCAAGAACGGCUUCGGGCCGCAGUUCAACGGCCUGAUGCAGCCCUACGACGACAUGUACCCGGGCUACUCGUACAACAACUGGGCGGCCAAAGGCCUCACCUCGGCGUCGCUGUCCACCAAAAGCUUCCCCUUCCUGAACCCGCUGUCCUCGCAGAGCAUGUUCUCGCCGCCCAACUCCAUCUCCUCCAUGAGCAUGUCUUCCAGCAUGGUGCCCUCGGCAGUCACCGGCGUGCCGGGCUCCAGCCUCAACGGCCUCAACAACUUGAACAACCUGAGCAACCCUUCCCUCAACUCGGCCGUGCCCACCUCCGCCUGCCCCUACGCCCCGCCGACCCCUCCUUACGUUUACCGGGACACGUGUAACUCGAGCCUGGCCAGCCUGAGACUCAAAGCCAAGCAGCACUCCAGCUUCGGCUAUGCCAGCGUUCAGAACCCGGCCUCCAACCUGAGCGCCUGCCAGUACGCCAUGGACCGGCCGGUGUGAAAUCCCCCCUGCCCCCAUCGC